GAGUCCAUUGUGUGACAACAUUGGAAGAGAGGCGGAGGAUACGCACUAUUUACCGACGCGCAGCCACAUUGUUCCAGACCCUUCCACCAUCAGGGCCAUCUUUGGUUGUCCUCGCCGGUGACACGCAGCGUGGACACUUUAUACCACUGCUCCUAUCCAACUAAUGAUUAUUAAAACCCAUUUGACCGUCUAACAAGCCGUCCAAAGGUACCAGACUGAGAGAGAAGGGACACUCACUGGCCAUUCUUUCCUUGCUGGACACUUUUCGCCAUUUCACACAGGAAAAAAAAAGAGGGCGAGACCUGAGAGUUGGCGAUACAACAUGGAUGAAGAAUAUGAUGUGAUCGUUUUGGGCACCGGACUCACGGAAUGUAUCCUAUCCGGGAUCAUGUCUGUGAACGGCAAGAAGGUUCUGCACAUGGACAGGAAUCCCUACUAUGGAGGCGAGAGCUCUUCCAUCACCCCCCUGGAGGAGCUUUAUAAGCGCUUCAGUCUUUCAGAUAGCCCACCUGAGUCAAUGGGUCGAGGACGGGACUGGAACGUGGACCUCAUCCCUAAGUUUCUCAUGGCCAACGGCCAACUUGUGAAGAUGCUGCUAUACACAGAAGUGACUCGCUAUCUGGACUUUAAAGUGGUGGAGGGAAGUUUUGUCUACAAGGGAGGAAAGAUCUACAAGGUGCCAUCAACUGAGACUGAGGCGUUGGCUUCAAAUUUGAUGGGAAUGUUCGAGAAACGGAGGUUUCGCAAGUUCUUAGUCUUUGUGGCCAACUUUGACGAGAAUGACCCCAAAACCUUCGAAGGGGUGGACCCCAAGACCACAACCAUGAGGGAUGUUUACAAGAAAUUUGACCUCGGCCAGGAUGUCAUUGACUUCACAGGCCACGCCCUGGCCCUCUACAGGACAGACGAGUAUCUUGAUUCUCCCUGCUUGGACACCGUCAACCGAAUCAAACUGUACAGUGAGUCUCUGGCACGUUAUGGGAAGAGCCCUUACCUCUAUCCCUUGUACGGCCUUGGAGAGCUGCCACAAGGAUUUGCAAGAUUGAGUGCCAUCUAUGGCGGUACCUACAUGCUUAACAAACCAGUGGAUGAGAUUGUCGUUGAAGGUGGCCAUGUGAUCGGCGUUAAGUCUGAAGGCGAGGUGGCUCGCUGCAAGCAGCUCAUUUGUGAUCCCAGCUAUAUUCCGGAUCGCGUCCGCAAGGCUGGUCAGGUUAUCCGUGUGAUCUGCAUCCUCAGUCAUCCCAUCAAAAACACUAAUGAUGCCAACUCCUGCCAGAUCAUCAUCCCUCAGAAUCAGGUUAACCGCAACUCAGACAUCUACGUGUGCAUGAUCUCUUAUGCCCACAACGUGGCGGCCCAAGGGAAGUACAUCGCCAUUGUCAGCACCACCGUGGAAACUAGCGAGCCUGAGACUGAGAUCCAACCGGCCCUCGAGCUGCUGGAGCCUAUUGACCAAAAGUUUGUGGCUAUUAGUGAUCUUUACGAGCCAACGGAUGACGGUACAGAGAGCCAGAUCUUUGCCUCGAGUUCCUACGAUGCCACCACUCACUUUGAGACCACCUGCAACGACAUCAAGGACAUCUACAAGCGCAUGACAGGGAGCGACUUUGACUUUGAGAACAUGAAGCGCAAACAGAAUGAUGUGUUUGGAGAGGAUGAACAGUGAGCGGCCGAGUGGUCUUCUGAGAGAGAAGAGGGGAGGGGGCGUGGCAGGCAAAAGGGGCAAGAUUAAAAAAAGGGGCAGAGCUUGGAGUAGAUUUCUACGGUCGGUAGAGCUUUAAGAGCAAGAAGUUAGAAUUCAGCGGAUUGUUCUGUCUGCCUUAAACCAUUUGCCUCCUUUUCCUUACACCCCCGUCUCUCCUGCCACACACACACACACACACACUACUGUCAGUUGCUGAAAAGCAGGGUUGAUAUGGUCUUUCAUUCCAUUGUAGAAUCUAUAAUCGUGUCUUAACGAUCGUCAUUAGAGAUGAUUUUAUUACUUGUUUUCAAAGCAUUUCAUUCUUUCUGUAUCAUCUUUUCUCACGUCAGAGACCUCUAUAACAGCUUAGUGUAGAAUCUCCUGGAAGGCUCCGGCCUCCAGGUCACGUGCAUGCAUCUUAUACACGCAGUAGUAUUGUGCAGUACAUAGACUCAUACAACAUGGCGGUGUAAAGAUUGGACCAUCGCUCCUGUCAGCCCUGCUUUCUCUUACCUUCACUCGACUCCUUUUGGCAAAACACAUGAUGGCAAGUUCAACUGACGUUCUAACUUUGCAAUGCUGUUGUGUUCCUUGUGCUAGCAGGCAAGCUAACAUGUCACCACACACUUUAACCACACAAAGAAGAUCCUAUUGUUAACAUGUGACGUCACUUUUACCUUUCAGUAGUCUUAACAUUUUAAAAUGAAUUCAGUUUUAUGUCUUUGCAUUUGGUGCAUGAUUCACUGGCUGAAGUAAUGACGUUCAAGAACUGAGGUUAAAACUCUUUGUUUUGAUAAGAGUGGAGCGUGGCUAAUCAAGACUUUUAUGAUGUGAGAAAGCGUUAAAGAGAAAGGUUUGAGGGCUUUGACAUUUGGAAAGUUUCACUUGUGACUGAAAUUUUGGCUCAUAGUGGAAGCGCUGCAUUGUGUCCUGAUUGCUCCAACCCUUUUAUGCCAUGAAGAUAAGUCAGUACCCAGGUGGGAAAAACUAUUAAAGUGCUGGUUUGAAAAUCGGGCUUGAUAAGGACAAAGUAGGAAAAGGCCCCAUAAUAACAAACCAACAUGCUAGUAUUUGGUUGAAGCCUUAAUUUGGGAUUUUAUUCAGAUCCUUCACUCACCAUUGUGGCAAACUUGUGCCAAAAAUGGUUCAAAACAAGCUAAAAAGAUGAUUGUUCAUCUUAGCAGUGCCCUCUGCUCAUCUGUAGCCCAUCACAUUAACAGUUUGUGAUUAUGUAUCCACUCACCCAGCAUCCCUAAACUGUUGUUAGGGUGUAUGUGUCUUUUUGUUAUGCUCUAUUUAUUUCCAUUUCACUGACGUGGAAAGUUUACGUCGAAUGCUGAAGAUGCUAUGCUAUUCUUUUUUUGUAGUUCUGUUGAUAACAUCAAUGCACAAACAAAGAGAAAAUUAUUUCUUUGUUAUUUUCAGCGUCAUGUGUUGUGUUUACCUUCUCCAGCGAUGGUUCCAGUGUUGUCACGCUUGGGUUAAGAAACAGACCAAAUUUGAAUUGGAACAGCUGUGUUUUUGCUAGUUUCAUACUGUACAUUGUUUAACAUUAUAUGUGUGGAAAGUGACCUAGUAAUAACUGGAAUACCCUUUCUGCAAUUAUUAUAUUUAAUGCCCUCCCUCCUCAGUACCACAUAUCACAUCAACUCUUGUUUGAUUUAUAGAAAACAAAAGCCCUGCGUGUGGUCGUACUGUUUUAAUUCUUCAUUGUUUGGCCUUUCAGACCCACAAUUGGAAUUGACUAAAGAAAAUAGGCUGAAUAGUAGAAAACUUACUGUCCUUGUUUGAUCACUAGUAUGUGAACGAUGCCUAAUGUCUUGUGUAACAAAUACAUUUAAUUAAAUUAUAAAUGAAAUGACAGAAAAAUAAAAUAAAAAAAAAGCACAUGGAGAAUCUGGAAAAA